GCAGGAGGAGGUGGAGGAUUUCCUGGCCGAGGUGAUGGACAACGAGUUCGACACGGUGGUGGAGGACGGCAGCCUGCAGCAGGUGGGCGGAGCGAAGCGGGAGAGCGGGAAGACGCGGCGGUGAUGGCGGCGCGGCUGGAGCGCGCGAGGGGGGCGCUGGCAGCGCUCGAGGCUGCUCUGGCCUUGGAGGAGGAGGAGGGUGAUGUCCCCACCCGGGUCCUGAUGGAACAUCAGAUGGACACCCGGCGGAAGCAGAAGCUGCUCCUGUCCCAGCUCCGGGUGCUGAAACUGCUCCUGGGGGUCAUCGAGAACCCGGGGCUGCUCCCGUCCGCCACCAACCUGCGCGAGGCGGCGGCGCAGGCUCGGAGGCGCUGGCGGGAGCUGAAGUCGAGGUAUGGGGAGGCUCUGGGGGCCCUGGAGGAGGCUGUGCCCCCCACUCUGGCCCAGCUACACCGGGGCCAGCAGCUGCUGCACUGUGGGAGGACAGCCCUGGAGGCACGGCUGAAUCAGCAAGAAGAGCUGAAGGUGAAGGUGCAUGAGGCCACAGAGAGACGGGACCAGCUGCUCCGGCGGGUUCAGGAGCGGCGCCUGCAGCGGCUGCGGGGGCAGGAGGCGCUGCAGGGACUGCGGGGGACAGCGGCCAGGGUGGGGGCCUCGUGCCACCUGUACCAGGCUCUGGCAGGGGUCCAGGUGCUGCCCCCCUCCCCAGGGACCCCCGAGUUGGAGCUGGAGCUGGGACCCCCUCCCAGCUCCUCCCAUUCCCUGCCCCCCCUUCACCUGUGCCUCACCCCCAGCGGGGGGGUCCGACUGCAGGAACCCCCCCUGGGGCUGUCUCCUCCCCUGGGCCCGGGGCUGCUGGAGCUGCAGCAGCGCUGCUGGGACAGCUGGAGCCUCUGGGCAGAGGUGACACACCUGAGAAACAGGUUCGCCCUGGACUGGCAGCCGGAGUUGGGGCUCCUGCAGGUCCUGGGGGGCCCCCGAGGUGCCCAGACCCUCUGGACGCUGCAGGUGGAGCCAGGGUACCCCCAGAGCGGGGGGGUGCAACUGCUGCCCCCAAAGGGGGCCCCCCCCAUCCCUGCACCCCCAAACCCUCCAACUCUGACACGGUGGCUGGAGCUGCUGGUAGGGGGGGUCCCUGAAAACGGGGGAUCCCCCUCAAUCCCCCCCCCAUAAAAAAUCCCACAGCACCCCAAUAAACUCACGGCCAC